AUGGUGUUGAUAAAGCGCUUUAAUAAUGUGCGUGUCGAGUGCGCGGCUCUUUUACUCUGCGUGACCGUCAUGUGGGAGCUCGCUUUGGCUCAGAAUGACACGGAACCCAUCGUCCUGGAGGGGAAAUGUCUGGUGGUGUGUGACUCAAACCCCGCCGACUGGAAGAGCUCGUCUUCGCCGCUCGGCAUCUCCGUGCGCGCCGCCAACUCCAAAGUGGCUUUCUCUGCGGUGCGGAGCAACAACCACGAACCCUCGGAUAUGAGCAACAAAACGAGGAUCAUAUAUUUCGACCGGGUUCUUGUCAACAUAGAAAACUAUUUCAUAUUGGGAUCUGUCUUUCUGUGCCCACGGAAAGGAAUAUACAGCUUCAACUUCCACGUUAUUAAAGUGUACCAGAGCCAGACUAUACAAGUGAAUUUAAUGCUAAAUGGAAAACCGGUUAUCUCUGCUUUUGCCGGCGACAAAGAUGUCACGCGUGAGGCAGCCACCAAUGGGGUUCUCCUCCACCUGAACAAAGAAGACAAGGUUUAUCUGAAACUGGAGAAGGGUAACCUGGUAGGCGGAUGGCAAUACUCCACUUUUUCUGGCUUUUUGGUUUUCCCUCUGUAAAGCAAACAAAGACUGCCACCUUUUCUGUCCAACAACCUAUCAUCAUCGCAUAACCAGCCCUUCAGCAUUUAUUGGAGGCACCUAAAUGGAAUCAUAAUUCCAGAUGUUCAUUAACUGUUGUCAAAGGACCAAGGGGGAAAUGCUUUUGUGACAGUGAUAUCUGGAGAGUGGACAUCUUCUGCAGUGCAAUAUCACAUCUAUUUCUGCUGCUGUCGUUCUUCGUAGAUCCAGGAAGCUCAAUGCAAUGUCAGACUCUUUAUGGUUACAUUUUGGUUUGUGUAUUGGCUUUUUGUGUUUUUUUUAGUGAAGUGUCUGUGAAUAUGGUAAUUUCUUCACAGAUGGGUGAACACACUAAACAGUUGCACCAAUUGUGUACACUGUAUUUCAGUGCAAUAACAGCAUUGUAUUCAUAAACCACCCACAAUCCAGUUUAACCAGGUGCAGUCUGA